CCUGCAUUCAUUUUUUUUAGUGCCGACACGCCCUCCACGCUACUCCAUACCUUGCUUCAUCCAUCCAUCUCCAUUUUCGCGACGCUGCCACUACCAUCCUCCUACUGCAUCACCUUGCGACUUUCGGCAACACCCUUUGUCGCCUCCAUUGAAACUCCCGACCCUGGUCACAUCUAUCUAUACCGCGCUCGCGAACCUGAAUCCCGGGGGAAAAUACACGUCCUCGGCCGCCUCUCCAUCGACAAACACCUCCGACGUGAUCCCUCUAGUAGGCCCAUCUUCACCCGCCUUGCCCGUCAGCCAGCCAGCACAGCAGGCCAACAGAGCUUGCGGCUAAUGCUCUGGCCUGGGCUUCCGGCUUAGCUGUUGGUCCUUGCAACCCCUUCCAAUAUCGACAACGCGCAAAUUUCUAGUCGAGAGGGGGAGACGAGGAAGAGCCCAGACCCGUGAAAAGUCAAGAUGGCGCCGAAUCGCGGUCCGGGAAACAAGGACCUCUACAUCCACGAGAUCGACCGCACACCCGAAUAUGUCGAGUUCAUCCAAAAGCUUACCGCUUUCCACGAGCAGCGGGGAACCUCCUUCGAGCCUGAACCCCGACUGCCGACCAUGCACGGUCAUGUGAACGUCGAUCUCCUCAAGCUCUACCGGGCCGUCAUCGACAAGGGCGGCUACGACGAAUUGAACAAGGUGCAGAAGGCUUGGGGUGCCCUAGCCGGCGAGCUGGGUAUGCACCACGUCGACAGCAAGGGAAUUGGCCAACUCUCCUUUCAGCUGAAGCAGGACUUCUACCGAUACCUCUCAGCCUACUGGAUCCAGGAUCAAUACGGCAGGGAGCCGCCUCCGAAGGAAAUCCUAGAGCUGCAGUCGUGCGCCAGCAAGAAUGGCCCCGUCCUGACUCGCACAGCUGAGAACUUCAAGAUCACCGCGAGACGUAUUGGAGAGGACACCCCCGUCCGAGAAGAGCGUCCGAGCGAGAGCACCCCCGUGUCCGGAAACAGAGCCUCUGGCCGCCUUCGUGAGGCCCCUCCGCAGAGGGUGCCUUUCCAACCCGAGACGGGAUCGAGUCGCCAGCCAAGGCACACACCCUCCCAGCACGGCACGUCUGCUGCCAAUACUCCCCAUACGCCGCAGCCGAUUCAAGCACAAGCAGUGAUGCACCCAAAUCACACAAUGGCGCAGCAUCCCAAUCCGAAUAAUCCUAUCCAGCUAAUCCAAGCACAACAAUCCGCUCUACGCGGCGCCUCAACCUCCUACAUUCCACCCAACACCGAGACUGCAUCGCGGUUAGCAGACCCCUUCGAACCACGGCAGCUGAUAUCCGUGCCGCUGCGUCCUGUGACCACCCCUAGCAACAACCCGACCGAAUUUGCCAAGCGGCUACGUCAGUUCCAAUCCGCUACGGGCACCCCGAACACAGCAGCGCCAGUCCGGCCAGCUAUCCCCGGCAUCUCGACGGCCCUAAUAUCUAUAUGCGCUGCCUCCAGGCCCUCCGAUCACAAAUCCCAGCUGAGCAAGCAUUUGCUCUCAAUCAUUUGGUGAAGAUCUCUUUUGAACGAGGCGAUAAGUACAAGUUCGAGUCCUUCCUCGGGUUAGCCGAGGGCCUAAUCGAGAAGGCCCUAGAGAUCAGCGGUCUGUUUUAUGACAUCGAAUGGCAGAUCACUUAUCUGGCCAACAACCCGCCAGAUCACAGCAUUGGCACUCUCGACGGGCUGAACGGCACCAGCGAUAUCCUCGAUCGGAUCAGGAUGCUUGUACCAAAAUCCAUUCUU